CGCUUCUGGGUUCAGUUCGGGAGUUUUUGCGAACAGAAGCGGACAGUCAGAGCGAAGAAAGAAACCAGGAAAAUCCCGGCAGGAGGAAGAUCCGGUCCUCCUCUUCCUCACCCCCAGACAUGGCCGGAGCGCUCAGGAUGACUGAACCUCAGUUCGUGAGCUACGGAGACGACAACAUGUUAGCAAACUUCCUCUCCUAUGACUUCAUUCCUCCGAUGGAGAUCAAGACAGAGCCGUACAUACCUGAGACAGCUCACGGUCCGUACAUCCAGAUCAUUGAGGAACCCAAACAGAGAGGGUUCCGGUUCCGUUACGAGUGCGAGGGCCCGUCCCACGGCGGGUUGCCGGGGGCGUCCAGCGAGAAGAACCGGCGGACUUACCCGACCGUGAAGAUCAACAACUACGUGGGCCACGCCCGGGUGGAGGUCCAGCUGGUGACCCACACCGACCCGGCCCGGGUCCACGCUCACAGCCUGGUGGGACGCCACUGCAACGAGAACGGGACCUGCAGCCUGGACAUCGGACCCAACGACCUGACCGCCUCGUUCAGCAACCUGGGAAUCCUCCAUGUGACCAAGAAGGGCGUGGUCGAGGUUCUGACCAGACGGCUCCGAGACGAGAGGCGGAGACAGAAAGGAACUCACUGUUCGCUCACAGACGGCGAGGAGUCGUCCAUCUUGAAGGAGGCCAAGGAGCUGGGGAAAGUCAUGGACCUGAACAUCGUCCGUCUUCGCUUCACCGCCUUCCUGCAGGACAGCAACGGCGGCUUCACCAGGGCGCUCAAACCCGUGGUGUCCAACCCCAUCUACGACAGCAAGUCUCCCAAUGCAUCCAACCUGAAGAUCUCACGCAUGGACAAGACGUGCGGAUCGGUGCUGGGAGGAGACGAGAUCUUCCUGCUGUGUGACAAAGUCCAGAAAGACGACAUCGAGAUCCGUUUCUAUGAGGAAGACGAGGAAGGAUGCUGGGAGGCCUUCGGGGACUUCUCUCCGACCGACGUCCACAAGCAGUACGCCAUCGUGUUCAAGACGCCGCCGUACCACAACGCCGAGAUCGAGCGGCCGGUCACCGUCUUCCUGCAGCUGCGCCGCAAGAAGGCCGGCGACAGCAGCGACCCCAAGCAGUUCACCUACGUCCCGCAGGUCCAAGACAAAGAGGAAGUCCAGAGGAAGAAGCAGAAGCCGCUGCCGCACUAUGACUCCUGGAGAGGAGGGCGAGGGCGCGACGGAGGGCCCGGCGCCAGCGGCUUCGGAUCAGGACCCGGAGGACCCGGAGGAUCAGGUUUCCAGUUCUCCCAGAUGAACGGAGGGCCAGGAGGCGGAGCUUUCUACACCGGAGCCUUCACAGGCUUCACCUCAGGGGGAGGAGCCCAGAUGUCAGGCUCCGCCCCUCCAGCUUCAGGCUCCGCCCCCCAGCAGGUUGAGGGCCCGCCAGGCUCGGCUGUGCAGCAGCAGCUGCUUCGGAUCGCCGCCUCCCUCAGCAGCCAGGUGUCACAGAGCGCCCGGCAGACGGCCGCCGCCCUACUGCAGUACUGCAGCACCGGAGACGCCCGCAUCCUGCUGGCGCUGCAGAGACACCUGUGUGGCAUCCAGGAUGCCAACGGAGACACGCCGCUGCACCUGGCCAUCAUCCACCAGCAAACGGCCGUCAUCCAGCAGCUGAUCCAGACGCUGCUGAGCAGCCAGCAGCACGCCGUGCUCAACACCUGCAACCACCUGCAGCAGACGCCGCUCCACCUGGCAGUCAUCACGCGGCAGCUGAAGGUAGCGGAGGUGCUGCUGCGGGCGGGGGCCGACCCCACCCUGGUGGACAAAGAUGGCCGCAGCCCGCUUCACCUGGCUGCGCUGGCCGGAGACACGGCCACGCUGCGCCUCCUGCUGGCCCACCUGGGAGAGCGCCACGCACACCUGGUGAACACGCCGGACUACCACGGUCUGCAGCCGCUUCACCUGGCCGUCAGGAGGGACGGCGAGCGCUGCCUCCGCCUGCUGGUAGAGGGCGGAGCCAAGAUCAACGCCGCCGAGCUGAAGAGCGGGAACACGCCGCUGCACCUGGCCGUCAGAGAGAACCUGUUCAAAGUGGCCUGCACGCUCAUCACUGAGCUGAAGGCCGACGUCAACGCCUGCACCUUCGGAGGAAACACGCCGCUGCACCUGGCGGCCAGCCUGGGCUUCCCCACGCUCUGCUCCAUGCUGAUCGCUGCAGGUGCCGAUAAGAAUAUGGAGAACGACGAGCCGCUGUACUUCAGCUCGUCAGACGAGGAGGCGGAGCCGGACGAACCAGCCAGAGGAGACGACGAGCAGCCAAUCAUCAGCCGGAAGAGGCGGGCCAGAGGCCACACCCCCCUGGACCUGGCCACCUGUCAGAAGGUGAGGAACCUGCUGACCGCCAAGCGGAGCCCGAAGCCCAGUUGCCACGCCGACAAAAAGAUCCGGACCGGCAGCGAAGACGGCGAGCUGUCGGGAUUGGACGAGGAGACACUGAGCCGGCUGGUGGCGGUGCUGAGCGUCGGCGACGUUCCCUGGAUGAAGCUGGCCGAGAAGCUGGGCAUGAUGACGCUGACGCACCUGUACGAGGACAGCGACACGCCCUGCCAGCACCUGCUGCAGCACUACAAGCUGGGUGGAGGUCCGGUUGAAGGCCUGGUGGAGGCACUGCAGGCUCUGGGUCUGACGGAGGGAGUCCGGCUGCUGAGGAACACAGAGCUGCGAGACGACAAGCACAGCUCAGACGCCACAGUGGACAGCGGCUUCAGCAGCCAGCCAAUGGAGGAGCAGCAGGAGGAGGAGAUGACCAAUCAAUGAGCAGCAGUGUAAUCUGACCGCUGAGGAAGGAUCAGCUGAUGAAGACGAGUUUGUUCUGCUGCAGGAGACAGAAACGCUGCAGAACAGAUCAACACCACUCCCUUCAUCAUCAUCUUCAUCCUGAGCUGAUUCAGCAGAAACUGGAACUUUGACUUUUAUUUAUAUUUUAAUGUCCUUCGGCUUCAUUCGUCUUCAAAUCAUAAAACUGAGACUAAAACUGGAAUUUUCUGGUUUCUGUGGGGUGUUUGAAUGCAGCACCGCACCUUGUUGACUCACCUGUCAGGUGUAGAAGACCAAUGAUGCCAAAAUCAUGUUUAAUGUUGUAAAAAUCGAUAAAAUGUUUCCUUUGAGAAUAAAUGCUGUUAAACUGUGGAGAUUUAAA